AUCCGGCCCGUGCGAGUCCGGAUUCAGAACCCGCGCGAUGAAGUGCGUGUUUGUUACCGUAGGGACCACCAGCUUUGACGACCUGAUAGCGUGUGUGUCGGCGCGCGACAGUCUGCAAGUGAGUGGGGGAGGCGAGCUGGCUGCGGCGUGGCUCGCAGCGCUUCACUUGCCGCCGCCAGCCUCACUGCUGGUCUCCUAACCUUGCCUGACCGCCCCGUUGGGAAGGAAUUCCCUCAGCUCUACCACAGAUCAUCAAGAGCCUUGGUUACGACCGACUCAUCCUCCAAAUAGGUAGAGGAACAGUGGUACCUGAACCAUUCAGCACUGAGUCCUUUACUCUGGAUGUUUAUAGGUAUAAGGAUUCCUUGAAAGAAGACCUUCAGAAAGCAGAUCUUGUUAUUAGUCACGCAGGUGCAGGAAGCUGUUUGGAGACUCUAGAAAAAAGAAAGCCACUUGUGGUGGUUAUAAAUGAAAAGUUGAUGAACAAUCAUCAACUGGAAUUGGCAAAGCAGCUACACAAAGAGGGGCAUCUCUUCUACUGUACCUGCAGCACGCUUCCUGGGCUGUUACAGUCAAUGGACUUAUCAACACUGAAAUGUUAUCCUCCUGGCCAGCCAGAAAAAUUUUCUGCAUUUUUGGAUAAAGUUGUUGGAUUACAAAAUAAACACUAAACUCUCAACACUUUAAAAACACCCUCCAAAUCCAACCUAUGGGAUGUGAUUAAAUCAAAUUAAAUACAUAAUACAUAUUUACAGAAUAGUAUAAAUUAACAAACAUCAUACAUCUAUA